CUCCUUUUCGUGCAUCGCAUGAAUCAUUCCUCGUCGCCUUGGAAAUGCCGCAUCUGGUCUGGAUGCACCCCCUGGAGCCGCCAUGCUCUCGGAGACUGAGACUGACCAUGCCGACGCCGGCGAUCUCACAGCCGACGUAACUUCCCCCGCAAGGGACUCGGUGGAUCGCGAGCAAGACCCGAAUCAUCACGCCAGUGGAGACCGAGCCGAACAGGGUGCCGGCGCUGGCCAGGUUCAAUGUACUGUCUGUAGCAGCACUUUUCGACGUCCGGAACAUUUGAAGCGGCAUUUGCGCAGUCAUACCAAAGAAAAACCAUUCGAGUGCGCACAGUGUGGACGCCAUUUCUCCAGAACCGACACCUUGCAUCGACAUGAAUUGAGUCACCAUACUCCCGGGGGUGAGGGAGGCAAAGAUCGCCCGCAUCGUAUCACCGUCAAAACGUUCAGGGCUUGCUUUAGCUGCGCGACAGCCCGGGUUCGAUGUAGUGGGGGCAUGCCAUGCGGCCGAUGUGAUACUCGCUCGCUCGAAUGUCAAUAUCCGACGGAGAGACGGUCCAAAGCUAGACUCCGCAAUGGAAGUUUGAAAGGACCCUCGACUCUCCACCUGGAGACACUGGAAGUAGAACCUCAGUCGCCUCGAAACCAGUCUCCUCGGCCCAGUGGAAAUAAUGCGGCUGCCACCCACAUGAACAAUGAUAUUCCCUCCCACCAACUGGGACAAUUUUCGAUUAAUGGAAUGAACAAUACUCCGACAUCACCCAAGGCAUCAAUACACCCCUUUCCGAGCCCAUCGAACCCUCGUUCAGAGAAGAAUUCAUCAGAUGGGCGGGGCUCUGUUGCAGGCCCUUCGAAUCCUCAACUUUAUACUCCAUCUGCUAAUCCAGCUGCCGAUGCUCCCACCUUACCACCGAGUGUGUAUCCGAAUGGAGAGUACAAUCCAGGUUAUGGCGAACUUCCAGAUUCCGGUAUGCUCCCCGUGGGCACCACGGCUAAUCUCGUACAUGAAAUGAGAGACGUGGAGACAGGAAUGGCUGGCCCAGGUGUGGGUAUGGAUAUAGACAUGACGGGAAACCCAGAGAUGGCAUUAGGUUUCGACCCUUCAAUCUUUGAUCCAUCGAUGCUAUCUACGAUCAAUUGGCUGCCCAACGAGUUCUUCGCCGGUCCAUCAAGCGACCAAUCCCAAUCUUCGAGGGCCCCGCAGCAUUUCCCUCAAGGUGCUCUCCCGGAUAAUUAUGCAGCGCGAUUCACUUGGCAGCCUUCGGUGAUCAACGCUGACAACAUAAGCCCCUCGGUCCCUGAAAACAACACCCAUACUCCCUCCGGCCCUCUUUCUCUGGGUACUGAUAUGGGAAGUCCCAGGCGAUACUCCCAUGUCGGUAGCGAAGCAUCACCGCACGCGGAAUCAGUCGACUCUGCCAAGCGUUCAGCCGACUUCUACGUCGAUGGCGGUGGUGCAAGGCUUCCAAGAUACAGGAAGAAACAAACGCCCUGGUCUACCUCCUCAAUCGACCUACCAGCUACCACGGGGCAAGCGUUUUCCGAAAACAACACACGUCGAUUCGGCUUCCCGGGUGUGCAGGAGGUCUACAUGGAGAACAUCCCCGAGGAAGUGCUCCAUUCGAUUCGACCCCUCGAAGCUGCAACCUACGACGAACUUUAUCGCAAUUUCCUCUUACUCUGCCGCAAUGAUAAUCCGUUCUUUGAGAUGUUCGAGACCGAAAACUUCCCCAGGCCGGAAGAAUGCACCCGGUACCUUGCCUGCUACUUGGAUUCAUUCCAAGCGGUAUAUCCUAUUUUCCAUGUCUCCACGUUCGACGUGAAUCAAUGCCACUGGGUCUUGGCGUUGGCUAUUCUCGCCAUUGGGUGCCACAGCUCUAGUAUUCAUGAUGCCGAUCAGUGCACAGCCGCCUUCCACGAGAUGCUCCGCCGGGCCAUACAUGUCGAGAAAGCAAAGCGCCACGCUGGACCUACUCCCUUGGGCCUACUCCAGGCCAUGCUGCUCAACUGUAUCGGACUAUUCCAUAGUGGCAUUGAAAAAGACAAGCUAUCUGCCUUGAGCGCUUUCAAAGAACUUGUGAGACUGGUAGAAGAUAAGAAACUACUGGCUGCAUCAAAGCCAUUGAAGGAGUCAGGCAGGAUUUCCGGAGAAGUCCUAUGGCAAAAAUGGAUUGAUGAUGAGACUCGGAAACGGACCGGCUACUGUGUUUGGCUUUUGGACUGCACGCUUGCUUAUUAUCUUGACGAGCGGCCGCUUCUGUCCUUAGAUGACGGGCAAGCUGCGUUGCCCGCUCAUGAAAAACUUUGGCAGUCGAACUCGAUGGAAGAUUGGAAGCAGUUGUGGGACCAAUCUAGUAUGAAUGAAUCGCUUUAUGAUUCAGUCCAUAUCCUAUACAUCGAGAAGAGACUUGUCUCUGGUAUUGGCGAAUUCAGCCAUAUCCUUCUCAUUCACGCUUUGUAUCAUCGAAUGUGGGAAGUAGGUGACUACUUCCGCCGACCACUAUCAUUCUGGAACCCAACUGCAAAGAAGCAGUCUCGGGAGACUGCAAUUCCCACGGGGUCCGUUUGGCUCCCUGGAAUCCCAUCGUACUCCAAAUGGCGCAACAGUGCUUGCGAUUGCUUAGACAUCCUCCACUGGACCGCUAACAGCACCGUCGCCAAAGCCGCCGGACUGGAACAUCCCACUGUUCUGCAUCUCCAUGUGGCUCGGCUCGUCUUGCUAGCACCCUUCCGGGAAAUUCGCGCGCUUGCGACAUCUCUUGUUACGGACAAGCUACGAUGGAGCAAGAGACAUCAAGCUAUCGAAUGGCAGUAUAUAUGGCGCUGGAUCAAACAUGAUCAAUACAAAGCUCGACUAUCGAUUAUUCAUGCUGGAGUAACCCUCUGGCACGUCAGACGGUACUCCACGAAUGCAUUUCAUGAGCCGGUUGCUGCAUUCCUCGCAGUUCUAACCCUCUGGGCCUACGGGUCAUGUCAUGGUACAUCCCAGGACUCAAGUCCACAAAAUCAAGCCUCUCGCAAUGAGCCCCUGCAAGAGCCGAGUUUUAUUCAUCUAGACCGGCCAUGUGACGAUGAGCUUGUGCAACUCUUCGUUCGUGAAGGCCACUCUAUGAGGGGGAAUGUCACAGGCGUAGGAGAUAUUUGCGCGCCAGAGGGUCCAGAGAGAAUUUUACGCGUUGGCUGUGAGACUCUUUCUGGUUUGAGCGCUUGGGGUCAGUCGAAGAGGUUUGUGUCUAUCUUGACUCGUCUGGCUGAUCUUGUGUCAAGGGGCUCGGAAGGGGAGCAGAGCCGCAAUGCGAAUACGGAGGGGUGCUGAGAAAUCCCUUUGCUUGUUGAAGAUCAUCCUCAAAUACCCCACAUUUAAAUUUAGAUGUACAAUAGUUUCCAAUUCAUAUCUGCAC